AUGAGUACCAUGAAAUUUUGCCGUGAAUGCAACAACAUUCUGUACCCUAGAGAAGACAGAGAUCAAAAAAUCCUCCUCUACGCUUGCCGCAACUGUGAUCACCAGGAGGUAGCUGAUAAUAACUGUGUGUACAGAAAUGAGGUGCAUCACUCAGUUGCAGAAAGAACUCAGGUAUUGCAAGAUGUAGCUGCUGACCCUACUCUUCCUCGGACUAAAGCUGUUACUUGCACUGUCUGCAAACAUCCUGAAGCUGUCUUCUUCCAGGUUGCUAAAGCAUAUUUCCAGGCGAAGUGGAAGGAGUACGCUUUAUCUAACACAAUGCAACUGCUAGGGGGAGGAGGGUAUGACGCUGUUUUUUGUAUGCUGCAACCCAAAUUGUGGCCAUAG